UUGAACUCUCUUCUUCUUCUUCUUGAGCUCUGCGAGAAAUGUCACUCCCUCUUUAUCAUCAGCAUCCAUCGUUACUUCCCAACGCCAUACCCGAUCGAAUUUUCGAGUCAACCCCGGUACCGAAAAUCCUUAUUCGGAGAAAUAAUGUCCGAACGAAAUUCGUUAUCCGGAGCUCUACCUCCGAAGCCAAGACGCUUCCGCAGUCCGCCAUCCAGCGAAUCGCCGAGAAGCUCCGUAGCCUUGGAUUCACGGAAGAAAACCCUAAUUCCCAUACCCGGAGAAUAUCCGAAGCGGAACCCGUGAACAACUCUCCUGGGGAGAUAUUCGUCCCGUUGCCGAGCCAAAUUCCGAUACACCGGGUCGGGCACACGAUAGAUACGAGCUGGAGCACGCCCAGUUACCCGGUUCCAAAACCCGGGUCUGGUACUGCAAUUUCGAGGUACCAUGAGUUGAGGAAGGAAUGGAAGGAGGAGAAGAAGUUGGAGCGGAAGAAGGAGGAGAAGGUUCCGACAUUGGCGGAGUUGACGUUGCCUCCGGCGGAGCUGCGUAUGUUGACGGCGUUGGGGAUCAGGUUGACGAAGAAGCUGAAGAUUGGGAAGGCUGGGAUAACGGAAGGGAUCGUGAAUGGGAUCCACGAGAGGUGGAGGACGUCGGAGGUUGUGAAGAUUGUGUGCGAGGAUAUAUCCAGGAUGAACAUGAAACGGACACAUGACGUCUUGGAGAGGAAAACUGGAGGCUUGGUUGUUUGGAGGUCUGGAAGCAAAAUUUUGUUGUAUAGAGGAGUCAACUACCAGUACCCUUAUUUCAUAUCUGAUCAAAGUUUGGCACACGGUUCUUCUAUGGAAACUGCUUCAGGGGAAUCAUCAGGAGAUGUGGGAGCUGUUGACAGAAGAGAAAGAAUAAAUAACGCAGAAUCUUCUGGUUCUGGUACUAAUAGUAAAACAGUUCGACCGGCUUUAAUCCAAGGUGUUGGUUCUCCAAAUAAGGUUCGGUUUCAACUACCAGGUGAAGCGAAGCUCGUAGAAGAAGCUGACCGUUUGUUAGAUGGAUUAGGUCCAAGAUUCACUGAUUGGUGGGCAUAUGACCCUCUUCCGGUAGAUGCUGAUCUUCUGCCAGCAGUGGUUCCUGGGUAUAGGAGACCGUUUCGGCUUCUUCCCUUUGGCGUGAAUCCAAAGUUAACUGAUGAUGAAAUGACUACUUUAAGGAGACUUGGCAGACCUCUCCCUUGUCAUUUUGCUCUAGGAAGAAAUAGAAAACUGCAAGGACUAGCUGUUGCUAUUGUCAAGCUCUGGGAGAAAUGUGAAAUUGCCAAGGUAGCUGUGAAGAGAGGUGUGCAGAACACUAAUAGUGAAAUGAUGGCUGAAGAGUUAAAGUGGUUGACUGGAGCUACUCUGCUAUCCCGGGAUAAAGAUUUCAUUGUCUUGUACAGGGGAAAGGAUUUCCUACCAUCUGCAGUUUCUUCUGCUGUAGAAGAAAGGAGAAAACGAGCAGUGUUUGUGGAGAAACCAAGUGCUAAGAGUGAUAUGCCGCCUGAGAAAGAGGAGGGCAUAAAACCUCAGGUAACAGGAGAAAAUGAUGCAGGAAGAGAAGCCGGCAAUGCUAAGGACCAUAUAAGUGCCCGUGGAAGUAGACCAAAACAGCUAAAAUCUCCUGAGGCAGCCCUUGAAAGAACUAGCAUUAUGCUGUCCAUGGCUUUAGAAAAGAAAGCAAAGGCAGAAAAAGUUCUUGCAGAGCUGGAGAGCAAAGAGAUUCCUCAACAUUCGGUCGACAAAGAGGGCAUCACUGAAGAUGAGAAGUAUAUGCUCCGAAAAGUUGGCUUGAGAAUGAAGCCUUUCCUUCUUCUAGGUAGAAGAGGUGUUUUCGAUGGAACAAUAGAGAAUAUGCAUCUUCACUGGAAGUAUAGGGAACUUGUGAAGAUUAUUUGUAAGGAACGGAGUAUCGAAGCUGCUCAGCAUGUAGCAGAAGUCUUGGAAGCAGAAAGUGGUGGCAUAUUAGUUGCUGUGGAGAGGGUGAGUAAGGGCUAUGCAAUCAUUGUUUAUCGUGGAAAGAAUUAUCAGCGGCCUGCAAGUCUGAGACCUCAAACCCUUCUAACUAAAAGAGAGGCACUGAAACGCUCUAUAGAGGCACAACGUCAAAAGUCACUAAAACUACAUGUGCUGAAACUCUCCAAAAGCAUAGAGGACUUAAAUCGCCGGUUGGUCAAGGACCAGACCAAUGCGAUGCAACCAGAUGAGGAAGCAAAAAACCGAAUGGUCCAAGAAGAGGCAGAAAAUCAUCUUACUGAAUUUAUGGAAUCAAGAGAUGAAAUGGAACUCGGUUAUUCUUCUGACCAGUCAAUUCCUUGCUCUAAAGAGGAUGGCAGCAAUCAUGAAGCAGAGACAUCCACAACAAACACUGAUAAUGGCAUGGAUGUCACUACAAAUUAUCUGCCACUGCAUCAAGAUGAAGAAGCUGGGUCUAGCUCUUCUCAGAGAGAUGAUAGUAUCUGUCAGGAUAUGACUGCAAAUAUAUCUCUACGUGCACAGCGUGAUUUCCUCAAGACAUCAUCACGCUAUAACAACCUCAUGCCAAGCAGCAGCACCUCUCUGACAGCCGAGCAAAGUUCACCUGGUCGGAAAAAACUUGAAAAAUCAUCACCUGAACCACAAAUAUCAGAUCCAGUGGACAGUGAAACCGAAGCUAACUGGUUGACCUCUGGGCCCACAGAUUUGUCUAAUAGAGAAAGACUUAUUCUGAGAAAACAAGCCCUUAAAAUGAAGAAGCGGCCACCGUUUGCAGUAGGGAGAAGCAACGUUGUUACCGGCAUAGCGAAAGCUCUCAGGACACACUUUGAGAAGAACCCUCUGGCAAUUGUCAAUGUAAAAGGCAGAGCCAAAGGAACGUCAGUCCAAGAAGUCGUCUCGAAGCUGAAGGAAGCAACAGGAGCGAUGCUUGUAUCACAAGAACCUAGCAAAGUGAUACUCUACAGAGGAUGGGGAGCAGAAGACACAGGCAGCAGCAGCUGCUUCUAUCCUAACAAUAACAUAAAAGGAAGGAGCAGAAGCGUCAUAUCAUCGCGGAAAAGAAGGGGAGUUGACCCUCUUCUUCCUGUUUCACCUCAACUCAUUGAAGCCAUCAGACUCGAAUGCGGCCUCCUGGACCACCGCCCUUAACGUUUCACCCUCCCUUCCCCUCACAGUGUCUCUUUUUUUUUUAUCCUUUGAGCCUAAGAGGGUUCAUGACCCGGUUCUAGGUUUCUUGCAGAGGAAGCAACCUGGAACAUCUGCACGACCCAAAUUUAUGUAUUGAAGUUGCAGGAGAUUCAGAGGUUGCUGCGUAAUUAUCGGGAAUUUUUAUGGAAGGGCUGUUUAAAGGAAUUUAUGAGCCCAUAGGUGGAUUCCACGCGCUUUUCUCACGCGUGAUGUUCCCAGGGAUAA